AUGGUUCAAGAAGAUGUCGGACCGGACGACUGUCCGCUCUUUCACUACGGCCUGGGGGUCCCACACGACCGACUGGUCUCUUACGCCAUCCGCAAGGAGUUCAUCCCCGCGGGUGCCACCAGAAUGAUGACCUGUUCUGAUCGCAUGCUUCGCAACUUGACGAUGAUCUGCCGCGCGAGAAUUCGUUUGGCUGUUGUCGUGCACCCCAUUUACGACUUUGUAUUGUCGCUGUACAGCAACUUCUCCCUAUGCGAGGAUGAACUCUCAGAAGACGACGAAGAUGAGGUUAUCGACAUUCUCAAGCGAGAGCUCAAUUUGGACCCGGACGCGGAACCCCUUUGGUACUGGGAUAUUAGUACUCCAGCGCACGAAAGACUCACGGUGAAGGCACCGCGCAAAAAGAAAAUUGGUCACAGCACAUUGCGGGGCCAAGAGAACGAAGCAUCGAUCAAGACGUCGGGUGUUCGGCCGUCUAACGCGUAG